GACAGUGGGCACCUUCUUGGUCCCCCGGGGGCUGGCUGUGGAUGCCCUUGGCCGCCUCCUGGUGGCGGACUACGUGCCUGGGGCCAUAUACAGCUUCACAUUGGGCCCUGCCUUGGAGCGGCUGGCCCCAGCCUCCAUGCUGGGUCUGGAGGACCCCUGCUGGGUGGGCCUGGGGCCUGACGGGGGCUUCACCGUGAGUGAGGAGUUUUGGGACGUGCAGCUGUUCAGCAGUGCCCGCCAGCCCCUGGGCUCCCUGGCGGGCCUGACGGGGCAUGCCUUUGGCAGCCCAGCAGGUGUGUGCACCAACGCGGAGGGCAGCGUUAUUGUGGUGGACGAGCAGCGGCGCCAGGUGACCCUGUUCCCCAGAGCUGGGGCGCCCAUCUGCCUGGUGUCUGAGGGGCUGAGGCCCUUGGGUGUGGCCUGUGCGCCAGGUCAGCUCAUGGUGGCGGAUGCAGGGGAUGGCUACAUCAAGGUGUACCAGUACUACUCGGAGCUGGCCUGACUCGGUGGGCUCAGAUGGAAGCAGCUCCCUCACGGUGCGUGGAUCCCGGACCACCACGGGAGGAACAUUCAGGGUUGCUGGGGUCCGGCAGGGCUGCUGGCCAUGCCUUCCUGACCCUGCACAUUUGUGACAUUUGCUGAGCAUCUACUGGGUCAGGCCCAGGCUGGCCCCCGUCUUCCUUGUGCAGUGUUCAGACUGUCAGCAGCCACGAACCAGCUGCCUCCCAGCCUCCCCCAAGACCCAGUUCAGUGGGCCCCGGUGCUCACUGCCCCCAUGUC